AUUAGACCUGUGUUGUAUAUCUUCAAGGGGUAAUUCCCGUGAUGCACCCAGCCAGCCAGCCAGCCUGUCCUGCUGCUGCUGCUGCUGCUGCACGUACGCUGCUGCAGAGGGUGUAAAGACGCGUCCUGCGCCUUUAAGAGCAAGUGUUGGAGGCGGAUCCAGCGCGUUUCUCUGUGUGGUGGAGCUUAUAAGACAUUGCUCACUACAAUACAGGACUUAUCUAAAAAGUGACACAGUUUAGCCGGAACGCCACCAAUUCACUGGCGUCCUAUUCCUCUGAUGCAAUCACAAGAUUAACAGACUCUAAGAAACCGAGGAGCUAUAUAUAUAUAUUUAUAUAUAUAUAUACUUCACCAAGGAGGAGUCUAUAGGAGGGAGUCAGCGCAGGAGAUCUGUUAUUUAGGUACACCAGAAGCGGGGGCAGCCAGCCGGGCGAUCUGAGUGUUUCCUGACUUUUUGAUGCGACCCGAGUGUGCCUGGAGCAUGUCCACAGUGGGCCUGACUGCCCAGGAGAUCUCUUUUCCCAUAGAAAACCCCUUCCUGAGGGGCAGCUACUGUCACAGCAUGGCUGGAUCCAAACCCUCCUGGAGCUACCGCCAUGAGCUGGACAACAGCUUCUACUUCAGUAUGGACACUGCACACUCAGAUCACAGCGCUCGUGCUCAACAUAAAGGGUCACCUGCACCGUCUCUAAGCUAUGAAAGACAUAAACACAUUCCCAGCUCACAGAGAUUACCUCCAAAGAAGUCCCGGCCCUCCCAUCUCUCCCUGUCCUGCAGCGCUGAACCAUCCACCCCGAGUCCCGCCGAUGACGACCAGGUGGUGCCCUCCUUCCAGAGGCUCUCUGUGUACGAGUGCAGCAGUCCACCACAGACACCAGGCAGGUGCUCCAAGCCUCUGCCCCCCAUCCCUCCACAAACAGACAUCUCUCCUGAGCAGGCUAUAGACAAUGAGGUAGAAUUUUUCACGAGUUCGGACGACAGCCGCUGCCUGGUGUCUGAUCCCUGUCCCAAAUCGUCUCCUUUUCGAUACGGCGUCCCCAGUCGAAGGAGCUUCAGGGACUGCGGGCAGAUUAACUACGCUUACUACGACGGCCCAUUAGGACCGCAAAGCCCGAGGCAGCCCCAACAACAGCAGCAUCAGGCACAUCCUCACACACAGGAAGUGCGGGAACAUCACGAGCAGCAGCGACAGGAACCACCUGAGCCGGUGGUCUGUCAGAGACAGCAGGACAAAGCUCAGAGGAGGCUGCGACGCUCGCACUCCGGCCCAGCUGGAUCCUUUAACAAGCCCGCGUUGCUGCGCCUUUCGUGCCACAAACGCCACACCCAAAGUAUGGGUAAGCACGAGGUGCCGCCCCCUAUCCCUCCACGAACAAUCAAGACAGGAGACUACCGCCGCUGGUCAGCAGAGGUCUCGUCCGGGGCUUACAGCGAUGACGACAAACCACCCAAGGUGCCCCCAAGGGAACCUUUGUCCAGAGGCGGCUCCCGCACCCCCAGCCCCAAGAGCCUCCCAACAUACAUAAACGGAGUGAUGCCCACAACCCAAAGCUUUGCACCAAAUCCUAAGUACGUAAGCUGUCGGGGUUUACAGAGACAGAACAGUGAAGGUUCCCCCUGCAUCCUCCCAGUUAUGGAGAAUGGCGAGAAGGCUAGCGCCACACAUUACUAUCUCCUGCCUCAGCGGCCCGCUUUCGUGGACUCCCCUUACGUAGAGAGAUUUCUCCGAGUCAUGGAAAGCCCCGCAUCUCGCAAUACAGAUGCAUCAGACUCAGAGUGGGACUGUCACACCAGGAGGAAAGCACAGGUGGAUUUAGUUUGAAAAGUUUUAGUGGAAGUAGCAGAGGACUCUACUGUACAUGAGCAAAAACCACUUGAAACAAAAAUGGUGAAACUGGACGCUAACAACCGUCAAACUGCUGCUUUUACUUUGUUUUGUUUUUUAACCCCCUAUGUAUUCUGAACACACAGGGUAUGUGCGCACUGUAUUCAGUUACUGGUAAUGUUGGACUCUAAAAACCGUAUCUCUGACUAUAGAUUGUGGGCAAAAAUUCCACAUUAUGUAGAGCUUAUUUUUUUAUAUGAUUUUUAUUUCAUGACAUUCAAUGUGCUGUUUUUGCCGACGACGUGGUACAGUCAGAAGGUACAAGCGGGCCUUGAACCUCGCGCGCUCAGUGUUUUCUGUGUCUGGAAGGUUCGAGGAUGUUUUGUGAGAUGCAUUGACUCUGCUUUUUGUAUCUCACAAGGGGACAAAAGGUCAGUAAUGUAACCGUGUACCACUUAAUAUAUGAAGUCUAAAUACAAUUAAUGUUUAACGAAAUGAAGGAUGCUAGCACACAAAAUCUCUUUUUCUGUUUGCUAUUAUAUAUCAACACCGAUAUAUUUUCCCCGCCUCGAUGAAGUUUAAGUCUUACUCAGGCCGCUAUAUCGUAUGUGUACAUUUAUGUUUCCCACAUGGUACAUUUUGUACUAAGCGGUGGGUACAUUACUGGUAGCUACGCAUGUUUCCAUUGGAAUGUCUAGUGCAGCUUAUAUGGUGUCUGUUGAUGAGUGUGUCUGUUUGUAUGUAUAGUGCGUGGACGUGUUCUGGUGAGACUUUAUAAAAAAACGACUUUCUACACUUGGUAGAACCAUACUUGUUACUGUGCUCUGCUUAUUUGCAGCGGCCUGCUUUUUGAGUACAGCCCUCUAAAGAGUGAUUCAGUGUCCAGGUCUGUUUUGUUGCACAGAAACCGGCCUGUUGAACAUGAAGUGAAUGUAUGCUGUUCUUACUGAAAUCCCAUCAAACAGUUGGAGGAGCUUAUUUUUGGUCAAGCUGUGAGACAUUGCUUGGAUUAUUUGCCUCGAGUACUACCUCCCUUUUGAUAUUAAUCCUAUAUUUCACACAAUCCCCAUUAAUAAAAGGCCAAAUCUGAAAUUAUAAUCUACAAAAAGAUGAGGAAACCAGCUCCAUAUAUGUGACCUGACAGUAAGAGUAACACAAAGUCCAUUCUAACCGGAUAUCCUUAAAUAGAGCUCUUAGAUCACAGAGAUGUCAGGCUAACCUGUUAAUACAGACGCAUUACAAAGACAGUGCAGGGUUUACCUACCUGACACAGACUUUCCUGUUCUGCUCAUGCAUUCCUGCCUUACAUGAUUGCAGUGGGUGUGGUCUGAGAGACCUUGGCUGCUGGCAGCCUAGAAAAUAUAUGAUUUUUAUUGUUGUAGAUUAUUCAGAAGGCGUCAGGAUGAUAUAGUAAAUGUAGCACGUGUAUUGAAGUAACCCUCUGUGUUCAGUUUGGGAAACACAUAACUGCUAAGGUCAAACGCUCCUUGAACUACACUUUUUCUCUCCCUCCUGCUCACAGAAACUUGCCAACACAAUGUUGCUUUUGACUUAAAUGUCUAAAAAAAUGUUUACAUCAUACACUGAUACUAUUUAAUCUUAAGGUAUUCAUAUGUCUUAUUAGAAAUAAUAAAACUGAAUGAAGACUAGUUUUUUUAAGACUUCUCUGCUGUGGUGAAGACAUGCACUGGGAGAGUACAGUAUGCUGUGUACAGUAUUUAACAAUUCCAUUUUGUUGUUAUGAAAAAGUAUAUAGUCUUUAAAAAGAAAGCAAAAAUAAAAUGACUUAUUUAUGA